UCGAAGAAAUUACGGAUCUAGAGAGAUCUUUUUCCCCGGAAAAGAGAAAUUUAUCUCAGAUUUCAAGAUUUCAUUUUUUUAAAACCCAUUCCUCAAAAUCUGCUAUUUCUAGAGAGGUAGACAGAGAGUCAGAAAGAGCAGAGCUUUUUUCUUGAGUGAUCGAUGGCGAGAAUUGCGUUGAUGGCUGCGGCGGCGGUGCUGGCUUUUCUGGCGAUGGCUCCGGUGAAGGAAGUGGCGGCGAAGAAAUGGACGGUGGGAGAUAACAAGUUCUGGAAUCCUAAUAUCAACUAUACCAUUUGGGCUCAGGACAAACAUUUCUACCUCGACGAUUGGCUCUAUUUUGUUUACGAGAGAAACCAGUACAACGUUAUAGAAGUGAACGAGACCAACUACAGAAGCUGCAACGCCGAUAACCCGAUCGCUAAUUGGACUCGUGGAGCUGGAAGGGACUUGGUUCAUCUCAAUGAGACUAGACAUUACUAUCUGAUCAGCGGUAAUGGUGGUGGAUGUUACGGCGGUAUGAAGCUCGCUGUUUUAGCUAAGAAACCGCCUCCUCCAUCGUUGGCGUCUGCAACAUCUAUCGAGAACAGUGCAAGAAGAGCCUUCGCGAUCUCGGGUUUUGCCCAUCAGUUUGUUCUGCCAGUAGCUGUUUUCGCAGCAAUUGGGACAAUGUGGGAGGCGGUACUGCUGGUUUGGUAACAAGUCUUUGUUUCAUAGGAGAUGUGUUCAUGCUUUAUUGGUGAAAAGUAAAAGUGGAACUUGGUUUAUAUGGAGGACUUAAUUGGGCCUAUAUUUUGGGCUUUCAUUUGUAAGUGUUUACUUAAAUGAUUUGU